CCUUGCUGUCCAUAUGAUUUUCUACAGAGAGCCGAUAUUUUCCCCAGAAGUUUCUGGACCCUUUCUCUCUCCAAACAAUCUCAGAUAUUUUUCUCUCUCUUCCUUAGGCCAGCCUAUAAAUCUCGACUAACCUCUCGAAUGUCCCUCUGUUAUGUUUCCGUUUCUGUCUUGGUUUAAGUUUCGGUUUCGGUUAUGAAAACAGAAUCCUACUACGCCGUUCUGGGCAUCCGCCCUGACGCAUCAUUCUCCGAAAUCCGCAGCGCGUACAGGAAGCUAGCUAUGAAAUGGCAUCCAGAUAGGUGGGCAAGAAGGGAGACGCCAUCGGCGGCGGAGGAGGCGAAGAGGAGGUUCCAGCAAAUUCAAGAAGCUUAUCAAGUGUUGUCUGAUGAGGGGAAGAGAGCGUUGUAUGAUGCCGGACUCUAUGAUCCGUUUGAAGAUGAUGAGGUGGUCGAGGGGUUUUGUGAUUUUGUUCAGGAAAUGUUGGACCUGAUGGCAAAUGUGAGAAAAGAGCAGCGGGAGUACAGCUUAGAAGAGCUGCGAGGGAUGUUAGCUGAAAUGAGUCAGGGUUUUGAUUCAGUACCUCCAUUUUCAUCUCAAUACUUCGAUUCUAAUGUGAACAAUCACAGCGCAAGUUCGAAAAGAUUUCAAUAUGAAGAAAAUCGGAAUCUGUCAGGAUUCGAAGUGCUUGGGAGCAGGGCGAGCUAUUGUUGAGUGCAACUUGUUGUACUGGAAAUUGGAUAUGGUUACAAACUAGUCGGACGCAUCGAUCUCAGGUCUCUCUUGCGUUUGGCAGGAGCAUGGGGAGCUGACAAAAUCAAUGUAUUUUUGGGAGGAAUAAGUGUACCUGUAAAUAUGUGGCACGGAUUUACAUUUGAUCUCGUUACAAUCAUGUGUGCGUAAUUGGUUAGCGUCAAGCUGGGCGUGUAUAUACGUCCUUGGACACUGACUUGCUUUUUGUUAGGGUGAAAGUGACGGUUAAAAUAGCAUGAUGUUUGUGAUAGUUGUACGGAGCUCUCUAGAGAUACCUAGUGAAUUUCUAAUUUCUAAUUUUUGAAGCUUGGA